AUGGAGAAUGCUGAGAGAGAAGAGCUAGUGGGCCAAGCAAUUGCGUGGAAUCAUUCAAUGGGAUCCAUUGAUUCCAUGGUCUUCAAAUGUGCGGUCGACACCGGAAUAGUUGAAGUGAUCCACGGCCAUGGGUCGCCCAUAACACUUUCUCAACUCGCGGUUUCACUUCCUACGCCUUGCACCAACAUCGACGUCCUCCGUCGGAUCAUGCGCUACUUGGUGCACAUGCAGCUCUUCACCCUAAAAAAUGAAGGGUCCGAUGAGGAGGAGGAAUCAUACGGGCCAACCUCGGCCACCAAAUACCUCCUGAUCAACGAGGAGAAGAGCAUAGUACCGUUGUUGAAACUCCAGAUGCACGAGAAAUGCUUAGCUGCAUGGCAUAUAAUGGGGUCUUGCAUGCAAGGCAAGGCCGGUAUGUCUGCCUUUGAGAGGAUGUAUGGAGAGGGCCUCUGGGCCUAUGCUUCCAAGGAUCCAGAGCACAACUGCAUCUUCAAUGAAGCAAUGGCUAGUGGGGCCCGACAAGUGGUGCCUGCGUUGAUCGACGGCUAUGGGGAAGUGUUCCAAGGGUUAACGUCUUUGGUGGAUAUAGGAGGCGGCAUCGGCACCACUCUACGGUCCAUCGCCAAGUCAUUUCCCCACAUAAAGUGCACCGUACUAGAUCUUCCUCAUGUGGUCGAGACAGCACCCAGCUGCCCAGAAGUGGAGUUUGUUGCCGGUAACAUGUUCUCUUCCAUACCCAAGGCCGACGCUGUUAUGCUUAUGGUAACGUAUCACUCUCUUCUUUCUCGAGCAAUUAAAAACUCGCUGAGUUGA